CAACAAGUUGCUAUUUCGAAUUAUUCACCACUAUGCUUUGAAUCUGUUAAAAUUUUUACAUUUCAAUACAAACCAUAAUAUUACAUAUAAAAAAAAAUAUGUUCACACGUUACGUAAUUUUAAUACUAUUAGAAAAGUCAGUGUGCUAGGUUCCCCUACUCAGUGGUUGCUUAUGUGUCCUUCUGGAAUAUGAUGACACGUCUACCGGCUUUUUUUAUUUUUUUUUCCAUACAAUGAAAGAACACGAAGUGUGUGUUAAAUAAUGGCCAGAUGGGUGUUUUAAAUGGUUUAUUAGCUUUUUUCCUCUUUUUUUAUAUAUAGAUUAGUAAACUUAUUGCUGGCUUAGCCAUACUUGAAGCCAUAGUUUGGCUUCAUUGAGUCUGUUCGUGUAACCGUCAGCCGAAGAGUCGGAAAAAAUGUUUCCGGCCCGACGCUGUUCAUCGCUGCUUCACCGGGACUUGACCGCUCUCUGUCUGUCAUCACUGGGGACACAUCCGAAGAAAUCCGGUAUGCCAAAGGAAAGCAGUCUUAAGAGUUCACGACACUGCCGCUACAACCGUGUUCACCAUCCUCCACCGCCGAGGUCAAACUCAUCACCUGUUCUGCUCGGUUCUUUACAAGCAGUGUGUCAGAUGGGCAGUAGCAGCAGUAGUAGACUCUUCAGUACUCUGACGCAGACUCUGAGCAGUGCUCCACUGGCAGACCCACAUGUUGAUCCUGAGGACUAUGAGUAUGAGCCGGUCGACCCGGACGCACUCUUGCGUGAAUGCGAGGAGGUUUUGAGAAAUCGCCCACCUCGACUGCACCGAGACUUUAUCAGGACCAGAGACAGCUCACUACAGAACUCACCCAUCCGCAUUAUGCAAUGGAACAUCUUAGCACAAGCUUUGGGAGAGGGUAAGGACGGUUUUGUGCGUUGUCCAAUGGAGGCGUUAAACUGGUCACAAAGGAAGUAUCUUAUAUUGGAAGAAAUCCUUACUUACAGGCCAGAUGUGCUGUGCCUGCAGGAGGUAGACCACUACUUUGACACCUUCCAGCCUGUGUUGGCCAGCUUGGGCUACCAGAGCAGCUUCUGCCCCAAGCCUUGCUCCCCCUGCCUGGACGUUCACAACAACAAUGGCCCCGACGGCUGCGCUCUGUUCUUCAGCCGCCAUCGCUUCCAGCUGCUCCAUACUACCCACCUCAGACUCUCUGCCAUGAUGCUCAAGACCAACCAGGUGGCCAUUGUGGUGACUCUUCGCUGCAUGCUCACAGGUCAAGUCUUUUGUAUGGCAGUGACGCACCUGAAGGCCCGGAGUGGCUGGGAGGCAUUUCGAAGUGCACAGGGCGCUCAUCUCCUCCAACAACUACGCGACAUUACCACUCAGUAUUACCCAGAGAUGGGACAGGAGGAGGAUAAUCGGACUAGGGUUGGGGAAAGUGAAGAAGGUAUUCCAUUGGUGGUAUGUGGGGACUUUAAUGCAGAGCCAAGCGAGGAAGUCUAUAGGCGCUUUAUGACUUCUCCACUGCGGCUGGACAGUGCUUACAAGUGUCUCAGUGAGGACGGGACCACAGAGCCGCCUUACACCAGCUGGAAGAUUCGGCCCAGUGGAGAGAGCUGCUCCACGUUGGACUAUAUUUGGUACUCAGAAAGAGCGUUCCAUGUGGACACUGUGCUGAGGAUACCCAGUGAAGAGCAGAUUGGGCCGGACCGGCUUCCUUCUUACCAUUACCCCUCUGACCAUCUUUCCCUGGUGUGUGACCUCAGCUUCAAUCAGCAGCCUCAUAGGCUCAUGUAGCUGUUAAUCAUUUGCACUCUCCAUCAGAGUCCCAGAGCAGCUUAGGACUUUCCUAGAAUGUGUGGGUGUUUGUCUGAAUGUGAGAAUGCAUUUAAUUUGUAUUAUUGCUCAGAAUGUUACUUAUAUAAUUCACAUAAACCUUAUUUUUACCUGCUGAAACAGGUCUUAAUGCACUUCUAAUGACUGAUGCUUAUUAUUUUCAUGGAUCUUUGUUAUACAGAGCUUGUGCAAUAUUCUGUCAUUUAUUAAGUGCUGAAUAUGUCUCAGGAAGACGCACAUUCUUGAUUAAAUGGAUCCAGAAGUUGAAAGACGUUUAUAUUUAUAUUGACUGUAAAAAAAAAAAAGAUUAAUAACACUGUAAUCAUCAAUAUGUUUGCCAGCCACCAAUAAUACAAAAAUGUCACAAUA